AUGGCUAUGGACCAUGGACGGACCCCAUUGCCGAUACCGCCGUUGUCGCCUCGCCUUAGACAGGAUGCGGAUCAAGGGGCGGAUGUAACGCCUCGCUUUUUAGAACUUUUCGUAUUUAGAAAACUCACCUUAAGCAUGUUAAUAUCAGUUGACAGUAACAAUCUUAGUUUUGUUAAUGAUUUGAAUCAUGGGAAAGAUAUGUGGAACAUGAAAGCGAGAAUUAUUCGAAAAUGGAAUCAGGGUUACAAGAUGGAUCUUAUCUUUAUUGAUGAAAAGGGUGCUAAGAUUCAAGCAGGUAUUAAGAGUCAUCUGAUACCUGUUUUUGAUGGACAACUUCAAGAAGAUGCUGUUGUGAUUCUGUCGAAAUUUGGCGUUGAUUGGCAAGGUGUUGAGUAUGGUUUCAACUUCAGAGCUUAUGAAGAUAUUCUUCAAGGAGAGGCGUUAAACGCUUUGAGUGCUGAUGUUGCUGGAUCUGUGGUUUGUUGUGGAGAUCUUGAAAUCUUUGAUCGACCUCCAAAGGAGACUAAGAAGAUCAAUUUCAAUAUUGAAGAUUUGGAGGGUAAGGUUUUGCGGUGUACUGUGUGGAAUGAUUAUGCUCUGCAGAUUAAGGACUUCAUUUCUAAAAUCUCACCUCAUGAGCAUGUGAUGGCUGUUAUACAGCAUGGAAAGUGUAAGGAAUGGAAAGGUGAAUAUACUGUUCAAAGUGAUAAGUUUGCAACACGGAUUUUUCUUUAUGAAGAAAUUGAUGAAGUUAAUGAGCUAAGGAGGAGUCUUAUACUGAAGUUUGGACAAGGGAGUGGUUCUACUUCUCAAACAAUACUAUCGUCUCAAAUUGUUUUUCCAUUGCAUAAAGAACUUGUAACUGAUGGUGUGAAGAAACAUGUUGAUGAGAUUAGUGAGAUAGAAAAGGAAAUGUCUUGUGUUGUGGUUACGACAAUUAAGAUUGUGCAAAAAGAGUAUGGUUGGUUUUAUGUUGCCUGUCGUAAGUGUUUCAAGAAGGUGAUGGGUAAAAGUGAAUACUUGCAGAAUGUUGAAAAUGUUUCAAAUGAUAUUGUUCGAUUGCCUGCGACUUCUUUGGUUUGUCCCAAAUGUCAUAGUGAAUGUACAUCGAUCACCACAAAGUUCAAGGUGCAAGUCCGGGUGCAGGAUGAGAGUGGUAGUGUUUCUUUUGUUAUGUUUGAUAGAGAUGUUCAGAAGCUUCUUGGAUUAGCGGCGAGUGACAUAAGAGAGAGGAAGGUUAAGGCCAAUGAUACUGGAUGUUUCCCUCAUGAGAUAUUUCAAUUGGUUGAUAAGAAGGCUGCUUUUAAGAUUGAUGUUUCAGAGUUCAACCUUAAAAAUGACUAUCGUGUUUAUACUGUGCAAAAAACAUGUGAUGAUCCAGUAAUAAUUGCUGAGUUGGUUGGUGGAGAUGGUAAUAGUGAUGAAAAUACUGAUGAGGUUAUUCAAGAGGUAGCUGACGUUAAAGAUGUUAACCUUUCAGAAUCUUCCCAGGUGUCUGCUGAACGAACUUCAAGGUUGUUUUGUGUGUUCUGUUGCAAAGAUGUUGUCUCUGUUACGGCCGACUCUUCAGCCGUUGAAGUUGAAAAGGAUUCUGGAUCAAGUCCCAAUGGAAAGCGGAUGGCUCAAGAUGCUGAUGUUGUCAAUGUUGGUGAGCUAUCCACUAAUGUGAUAAGAACCCGGAAGAAGCUGACUAAGUUAACAAUUAGAUGCUUAUGA